AUGUCUGAAGGAACGCAGCUGCGGAGGCGAGGCGGGCCGUACAAGACGGAGCCGGCCACCGACCUGAGCCGCUGGAGGCUGAGAAACGCAGAGGGCAGGCAGACCUGGAGCUACGUGGACGAGCAGGAGACGCCCAGCAGGGAGCAGACCAUGCUGGAAGCUCAUUCUCUGGGUCUGGACAUCAGUCAGUUUGUGUCAGACUCCUCGGCCUCUGAAACGGCUCUGCAUGCUGCAGCUAAAGGUAUGAACUUCUACCGACGGCUCCAGGCUGAGGACGGCCACUGGGCGGGGGACUACGGUGGACCCCUCUUCCUGCUCCCAGGUCUCCUGAUCACAUGUCAUGUUGCUAAGAUUCCUCUGCCAGAGGCCUGGAAGAAGGAGAUGGUGAGGUACCUGCGCUCCGUUCAGCUGCCCGACGGAGGCUGGGGGCUACACAUUGAGGAUAAAUCCACAGUGUUUGGAACGGCGCUGAGCUACACGUCUCUGAGGAUUCUGGGAGUGGAUCCUGAUGAUCCAGAUCUGGUUCGUGCUCGGAACAACCUGCACAGCAAAGGUGGCGCCGUCGGGAUCCCAUCAUGGGGUAAAUUCUGGUUGGCGGUUCUGAACGUCUACAGCUGGGAAGGGCUGAACACGUUACUGCCAGAGAUGUGGCUGUUCCCCGCCUGGAUGCCAGCCCACCCAUCCACCCUGUGGUGCCACUGCCGCCAGGUCUACCUGCCUAUGAGCUACUGCUACGCUGUCAGGCUGUCGGCAGAGGAAGACCCUCUGAUUCUCAGCCUUCGACAGGAGCUUUUCGUCCAGGACUUCGCCUCCAUCAGCUGGAGCGCUCAGAGGAACAACGUGGCGGCCUGCGACCUCUACACUCCUCACAGCAGGCUGCUGUCUGUCGCCUACAUGGUGCUGAACCUGUAUGAAGCUCAUCACAGCACCGCGCUGAGGAAGAUGGCCGUCAGAGAGCUGUACGACCACAUCCAGGCCGACGACCGCUUCACCAAGUGCAUCAGCAUCGGGCCGAUCUCUAAGACGAUCAACAUGCUGGUUCGCUGGUAUGUGGACGGCCCCACGUCGGCCGUGUUUCAGGAGCACGUCUCCAGGAUCCCAGACUACCUGUGGCUGGGACUGGAUGGGAUGAAAAUGCAGGGAACCAACGGCUCUCAGCUCUGGGACACGUGUUUCGCUGUUCAGGCUUUCCUGGAGGCUGGAGCGCAGGACGACCCCAGGCUGCUCCGAUGUCUCCAUGACGCCCAUGACUUCCUCAGGGUCACUCAGAUUCCUGAGAAUCCGCCUGAAUACCAGAAAUACUACAGACAGAUGAACAAGGGCGGCUUCCCGUUCAGCACCCGGGACUGUGGCUGGAUCGUGGCCGACUGCACGGCUGAAGGCCUGAAGUCGGUGAUGCUGCUGCAGGAGCUCUGUCCCUCCAUCAGGCAGCCAAUCAGCUCGCAGCAUUUGUACGACGCCGUUAAUGUGCUGCUGAGCAUGAGGAACAGAGACGGAGGAUUUGCUACGUAUGAAACCAAACGGGGAGGAAAACUCCUGGAGCUGCUCAACCCGUCUGAAGUGUUUGGCGACAUCAUGAUCGACUACACCUAUGUGGAGUGCACGUCUGCAGCCAUGCAGGCUCUGAGGCAUUUCCUCCAGGCUCACCCUGAUCACCGCGCCGCAGAGAUCGGAUCCACCCUGACAGACGGCCUGGAGUUCUGCCGGCGGGUUCAGAGGACCGAUGGAUCCUGGGAGGGAUCCUGGGGGGUCUGCUUCACCUAUGGAACCUGGUUCGGUCUGGAAGCCUUCGCCUGCAUGGGUCACACCUACAAGGCCGAAGAGGUUCCGGUGGAGGUGCAGAAGGCGUGCCGCUUCCUGCUGGAGCACCAGAUGCCUGACGGAGGCUGGGGGGAGGACUUUGAGUCGUGUGAGCAGCGGCGCUACGUCCAGAGCCGCGCGGCUCAGAUCCACAACACCUGCUGGGCUUUGCUGGGCCUCAUGGCCGUCAGACAUCCUGACCAGCAGGCCAUCGAGAGAGGAGUCCAGCUGCUGGUCCAGAAGCAGCUUCUCAACGGAGACUGGCCUCAGGAAAACAUUUCUGGUGUGUUCAACAAGAGCUGCGCCAUCAGCUACACCUCCUACAGGAACGUCUUCCCCAUCUGGACCCUGGGCCGAUUCUGCAGGCUCUACCCCAGCAGCCCGCUGGCCGGGAAGCUGAAGCUCUGAAGUCCUGACCUCUGACCCCAAUCAUGUUUUCUUUCUUAUUCCAUCAGCUGUAGCAGAUUUCACAACAAUCAGAGACACUGAUAUCAGUGAAAGAGGAAUAAUCUGCUAAACCGACUGGAGUCACUGAUGACUGAAUCCUAAGAGUUUACAGAUCCAUCAUUACAGUUUAUUCUCCUCAGUUUACUUUCUGGUUUUAUCCCAGACCUGUAAUGAUUUGCUCCACUUGGUUAGAGCUGCUGUGAAACAUUAUAAAUGGAACAUUGAUCAACAUGUUUGAUGUGUAUGGAUGAUUUUGAUAAGAUGUUUUUAUGAUGUGAGGCACAUUUAACUACCUUGUUGCUGCAAUUAUGCUACCAAUAAACUUGACUAUGAGUCGUACAUAAAGUA